AAGUUGACCUUGGUCAGCAUUUGUUGAACCAAAUUACUUGUGCUACUGUCAUAGACAAAGAUAAGCUAAUCUCGACCUUAUCACGUCGGGUUAACGCGCCCAAAGUUCAUUUCCGACUAUCGCGGUAAAAUUGUCAGCACGCGCGUGUUUCAAGAAGUAUGAAGUAGUGUACGUUUUACUAAUCAUUCAACUCGCGUGUCCGUCGUGUCGGGUUCUUGACUAUUUUACUCAGUACACAGUUAACGGAACACUCUUAAAGGCAGUGCGGUAAAGGACUGUUUACGGAAAUAUUUUUUUAUAACGAGUUAAAGGCAUUUCUAAUUAUAAGUACAUAGAUACGUUCGUUUAUUAUCGUAGUGGAAAGUGCAUACCCUACCUAACCUCAAAACUUUUACUUUUUAGUUUUAAAUUUGGAACGCCCCGCGUUCUUUUCUUUUAAUGUGAAAUCGGGGCAUGGUGUAAGUGUGUUGUGCAGCCAAAAAUUAUUACUGCGUUCGACAUGGAUGAACGGGUUCAAAAUAAGAAGGGAAAUGCCCAUAAACAAAUCUUAACAGCUCUAUUAGCUACAAUCCCGACGUUCACGUACGGGAUCCAGAUAGGCUGGCUAUCUCCCAUGGGGCCGCUGCUCAAGUCUCCAUCCUCGCCGGCCAGCGAGAAGAUCGCAGACAACCACAUCAGCUGGAUGGCGGCCGCCCUGCCUCUGUCAGCCAUAUGCAGCAUCCCCUUCUUCAGUUACAGCUCGGAUAGAUUCGGGAGGAAGAUCUGCCUGAUAGCUGUCUCUUUCUUGUCCGGAAUAUCAUGGACGCUGAAACUAUCUGCAGUGAAUGUGGCCUCCUUAAUCGCAGCUCGAAUUAUAGCAGGACUUGCGAGUGGAGGAUGCUUUGUGGUAGUUCCAGCAUACGUGAAGGAGAUCUCAGAUGACUCGUUGAGAGGAGCCCUGGGCGCUCUGAACAUGACAGUGUGCAAGCUCGGUGUCAUCUUCGUGUACGCUAUGGCCUUACUGGCCUCGUAUACGGUCAAUCAAGCAGUAUAUUUGACCAUAACUGUGGCUCACGUCACAGUGUUCUGUUUCAUGCCAGAAUCGCCGAAUUAUUUGCUGAAAAUCGGGAGGGAAGAUAGGGCAGCGAAGACUAUCAGUUGGCUCCGCGACGUGAAGCAGCGCAGCAAGGUCGUGGCUGAUGAGCUCGCCAAACUGCGCGAGGAGCAACGACUCAUCGAUGCCAUGCCGCAGGUCACAUUAUGGAGUAUUGUGAAUGACAAAGCUACGUUUUCCGCUCUCCGAAUGACACUAAUGCUGAUGGCCAUGCAGACCCUGUCCGGGUGCUUCGCCCUCAUGAACUACGCGGCGGACGUGUUCACCCGAGCGGGCAACACCUGGAGCCCUAACACCCUAGCGCUUAUGAUGGCGUCGCUGCAAUUAGCGGGUUCCUUCUUCACCACAAUGUCCAUUGAAAAAUUCGGAAGAAAGAUGCCGCUAGCGUGCAGUUCCCUGGUAGUGUCACUAUGCAUGAUGGCUCUUGCGACCAGUUUCCUCGUGGACACCAGUAGCGUCUCCUGGUUACCCGCGACGGCUGUCUGUGUGAGCUUCUUGGCUUACGGGGCCGGACUUGCUCCAGUGCCGAUGGUCAUUAUGGCUGAAGUCUUCACAUUCCAGAUGCGUGCGCGCAUGGCGGGAGCUUCAAUGGCCUUCUCGUUUUUCUGCAGUUCAAUGACUGUGCUAUUCUAUACUCCAGUAGCCAACCAGUUCGGGGCGCACGUUGUAUUCUUCAUUUUCGCUGCCGUAACUCUUUUCGGGGUGAUAUACACGAUACUGUGGGUGCCCGAGACGAAGGGCAAGAGCCUUAAAGAGAUACAGAGCUUCUGGAAAGAACCAGACCCGGUCGAUGUAUGACGCAGCAGUAACUAGUGAGAACCAAAGAAGAAAAGUACUUAUUUGUAGAGAUUAACGCUCACGGAGACGUCGAUGACGAGUGUUAUUAUAUUUUACACAUAGAUGUAAAAGAAGAGGCAACUAAGCGACAAAUGUAAUCUACUAAAUAAAAUUACAAAGAUAAUUUAUUGAACUGGUGAGAGAAGAAGUGACUUAUAUAAUACUUACUUUUUCUGAGAAAAAGGAGUAGUUAGUAGUAACUAAGUACGUAAUACCCAAUAAUUAUGAAAACUUUAACGAUAUUAUGAAUGAAUAAAAUAUAAUUCUACUUAUAUGAUGCUCAUCGUUCAACAUAUUUAAAUAAGUUUUACUUAGGUUAGU